AUGUCGUGGAAACUCACUAAAAAACUAAAGGAAACGCACCUUGCCCCGUUGACCAACACCUUUACUCGGUCUUCCUCCACAUCCACCAUCAAGGGUGAAUCCGGCGAAGAGACCCCGACUGUCUCGCAGGCCCCGACUAUCUCUGUCUCGUCUGCAAACCCCGAUGGAAUCACUGAAUCCGCGUCCCUCGUCUCUCCCCCCGUGGCCCCUGUCAAGCCGGGUAUCUUGAUCGUCACACUCCACGAAGGCCAGAGUUUCUCUCUUUCCCCUCAUUACCAACAGAUCUUCAACUCGCAUUUCCAGAACAACAGCGCCUAUGGCUCGAUGCGCCCAAGCUCUUCCUCCUCUCACUCCACCGGACAGGCGGGCUCCUUCGUGCCGAAUAACCGCCCGCAGUCGACCAGCGGAGGAAUCAAUGCUGCCCCCACUAUCCACGGUCGCUACUCAACCAAGUACCUCCCUUACGCUCUCCUCGAUUUUGAAAAGAACCAAGUCUUUGUCGACGCGGUUUCGGGAACGCCCGAGAACCCCCUCUGGGCCGGCGACAACACCGCCUUCAAGUUUGAUGUGUCCCGUAAGACAGAAUUGAAUGUUCAGCUUUAUCUGCGAAACCCCGCUGCUCGGCCUGGCGCCGGACGAAGUGAGGAUAUCUUCCUCGGUGCAGUCAAGGUGCAUCCUCGCUUCGAAGAGACUCAGCCAUAUGUGGAGGACCCCAAGCUCAGCAAGAAGGAUAACCAGAAGGCCGCUGCUGCUCAUGCGUCGCAGGAGGGUCAUCUGGGCCAGAUGGGUGCUGAAUGGUUGGACCUCCAGUUCGGAACUGGUUCGAUCAAGAUUGGUGUUUCGUUCGUUGAGAAUAAGCAGCGUAGCUUGAAACUGGAGGACUUCGAUUUGAUGAAGGUCGUUGGUAAGGGUAGUUUCGGCAAAGUCAUGCAGGUCAUGAAGAAGGAUACUGGCCGGAUCUACGCCCUCAAGACCAUUCGCAAAGCUCACAUCAUCUCUCGAUCCGAAGUUACACACACUCUCGCAGAGAGAUCGGUACUUGCACAGAUCAACAACCCUUUCAUUGUUCCCUUGAAGUUUUCUUUCCAGUCUCCGGAGAAAUUGUAUCUCGUUUUGGCGUUCGUGAACGGUGGUGAAUUGUUCCAUCAUCUGCAGAGGGAACAGCGUUUCGAUAUCAACCGAGCUCGUUUCUACACCGCGGAACUGCUUUGCGCACUUGAAUGCUUGCAUGGUUUCAAGGUUAUUUACCGUGAUCUCAAGCCCGAGAACAUCCUUCUUGACUAUACCGGACACAUCGCGCUCUGUGACUUCGGUCUUUGCAAGUUGGAUAUGAAGGAUGAGGAUCGCACAAACACAUUCUGUGGAACUCCUGAGUAUCUUGCCCCUGAGCUCUUGCUUGGAAACGGAUACACAAAGACAGUCGAUUGGUGGACGCUGGGUGUCCUCCUUUACGAGAUGCUUACGGGUCUUCCACCUUUCUAUGAUGAAAACACCAAUGAAAUGUACCGGAAGAUCUUGCAGGAACCCUUGACAUUCCCCAGCAGUGACGUCGUCCCUCCUGCCGCUCGGGAUCUUCUCACCCGCCUGUUGGAUCGUGACCCUCAACGUCGUCUUGGUGCCACCGGUGCCGCUGAGAUCAAGUCUCACCACUUCUUUGCUAACAUUGACUGGCGCAAGCUUCUUCAGAGGAAGUAUGAGCCAAGCUUCCGCCCCAACGUGCUUGACGCCCGUGAUACCGCCAAUUUCGACCGCGAGUUUACCCAAGAGGCUCCGCAAGACUCGUACGUCGAUGGCCCGGUUCUCUCCCAAACCAUGCAGCAGCAGUUCGAAGGCUGGUCUUACAACCGCCCCGUCGCUGGUCUUGGAGAUGCCGGUGGCAGUGUCAAGGACCCAUCUUUCGGAAGUAUCCCAGAAUAA